CAGUAUUUAAAACUAAAAGAAUUUUAAUAUAUGUUUUUAAAUUUUAAAAAUAGUUCUUUAAACAAAAUACUUUCAGAUCUUAAUGAUUAUGUUAAAAAUAAUAAUUUUACAUCGGUAGAAUCAGUUGAUGUAGCAAUUCAUGCCCUUGAGGAGGGAAAAAUUGAUGAUUUCAUAAGCGCAGAAGCAUUGGAAACUCUUGGAAAAAAAGAAGGUCUUGAAUGUUUUCAAGAUAAAUAUGAAAAUAAAGUAACAAUUAGUCUUGGCGGAAAAAUAAUAGUGAUCGAUAUAGAUUUAGAAAAAUUUUCUAUAUAUUGGAAGGUUAUUCGGGUUACAACUACAUGGGCAGAUUGUAAAGGAGGGCAAUAUUUUUCACCGUCUACAGAUGCAAUUCUUCUAGCGAAUUUUUCAGAAUCAUACCGUUUAAAUUUAUUUAAAAGUAAUUUUCAACGUCUUUUACGUUUUGAUCGUUUAUCAUCACCACCUAUAUGGGAUGCUUUUUCAGCAAUUAGAUCAUUAUAUGUAGCGUUUGAGCAAAUUUAUGGGUAUGAACUUGAAAUAUAUAAAGAUCCUGAAAAAAUAUUGUGUGAAAAAUUUGGAAAACCCGAAUUUGAUGUAGCAAAUAUUGUAGGACUGACUCUUUGGUAUUGGAAACAAAGACGUUACUGUUCUACAGAAGAAAAACUCUGGAGAGUAAUAAUAGAAGUAGAAGAACAAGACACUACUGCUUCGUCCAUUUCUCCUGCUGUUAAUAUUCAAUGGAUAGAUCAAAAAAUUACUUUAUUAAAUGGAGAUUAUAAUUGGAUGGAACCUUCGUCCAGUUUUUCUUCUUCAUGUCAAUUUGUAAUGAUAUUGGAUCCUCCUGUUAUAGUAUGCACAGAAGAUAUAAAACAGAUUUCUAGAAUAAUUAAAUCGUAUGAUUUUAUUUCUCAAAAUGAUUUAGAGAAAAAUAAUUAUCAAGUAUAUGAAACAAUUUUGACUUCUCAAUCAUUACCUAUCCAGACAGAGAGAAUAUUAUAUUUACCUUUUUCAGUAACUCAGCAUCAAUUAUACACCUUAGAAAAAUCUACAUUAUCUCCAGCAUGUCAUUUAAAUCGUAUUCCUUUUUCUCAUCCUAAACAAAUUCAUUCUAUUUUAAAACUACUUCGAAAAUAUAUACUCUUUCAAACUUUAACUGAAAGCUAUAUAAAUAAUAAUGUCUCUAGCAAUUCUCUUUUACAUAAAACUAACUAUAAAUCAUACAUAAAAAACAAAACUAAUUUUAAUAUAUCUACUUUUUACGAAACAAACAUACAAAUUAGCAUUUUUUCUUCAACAAUUGAUGAUUUAAAAAUAAUUUUAUCUAUUACAGAAAAUGGACAUAUCCAUCUACAAGAUUUACAUACAAACAAAUCACUUCCUGAGGACAUAAAAUUAGAAAUCGAACAUGUUUUUCAAAUUUCAGAAGAUAUAGGAAUUACAUGUGAAUAUAUUAGACAAAUAUUAAACAGAAAUGAUUUCAAAUAA